AUGGAAACGCGGGUCGUCAGGGUACCCGGCGAGGGACCGCCCGGCUGCUUCGCAGACACCAAAGGCCUUGCGAAACUGGAGCAGUGGCGCGUACAGCCGGGAGCAGAGGCGCUGAAGGUCCUCGAGCCAGCAGCCAAACACCUGAGGACCAGAGACACGCCCGUCGCGUUUCCUACGGAGACGGUCUACGGGCUGGGGGCAGAUGCGACGAGGAGCGCGUCCGUCCGGGGCAUAUAUGCUGCCAAGGGACGGCCAUUAGACAACCCCCUCAUCAUCCAUAUAGCGGACCUGGCGAUGCUGAGGAGCUUGCUGGGUGGUGACGACGCCGGCGAAGAUGUCAUCCCGGCCAAGUACAGGCCUCUGAUAGAACGCUUCUGGCCGGGUCCGUUGACUAUUUUGCUGCCCAAUCCGGAGCCAUCGCCGCUUGCGCCCGAAGUCACGGCCGGGCUCAAAACGUUUGGCGUCCGGAUGCCAUCGUCUCCCCUCGCCUUGACUCUCAUUAAACUUGCCGGCGUCCCGCUCGCCGCCCCGUCGGCAAACGCGUCGACCAGGCCGUCGCCUACCAUGGCGCAGCACGUCAAGGAUGAUCUGGACGGGCGGAUCGAGCUUGUCCUCGACGGCGGCGCCUCCCAGGUCGGCGUAGAGAGCACCGUCGUCGACGGACUCUGCGACCCACCCGUCGUGCUGCGGCCAGGGGGCGUCAGCAUGGAAGAAAUCCGGAGCUGCCCCGGAUGGAAUAACGUUUCCAAGGCGUACAAGGACGUCACGGAGGAAGGCAAAGCAGCUCCGCGGGCGCCGGGUAUGAAAUAUAAGCAUUACAGCCCCAGGGCGAAGGUGGUGUUGUACGAGUCUUCAUAUCGACCCGGCAGUGGCGAUGGUGUAGUUGCCACCGACAUCGACAUGGCCUGCGCCGCUACGAAGGAUUCUACUCGCCAAACCAACGGCUGCGCAUCCCGGAGGAUCGGGGUCAUUCGAACUAGGAACUGGAAGCCGGCUGCAGGGUUCCACAGUGAUGAGCUGCGAUCCAUCUCCAGGCAGAGCGAUGGACAAAAUGGAAUUCAGCGACUAGAGACGUCGUACGACAUCCUCCAGGGCGACCUCAAGAGCCGUCAUGGGUCCGUCAUCGGCCAGAUCUUUGACAUAGCGCUGGGAACGGACACGAGGGUUAUCGCCCAGGGACUCUUCUCUGCCUUGAGGGAGCUCGACCGGCGCGGCGCAGAUACGAUAUUCGUAGAGGGCAUAGACGACGAGCUCGACAUCGCCGCAGCAGUCAUGAACCGGCUACGCAAAGCAGCGUCGGAGGUUAGAACAUAG